AUGAGCUUGCAAAGCAAAUUAGAGAAAAUUAUAAAAGAGAUGCUCGCAAAGAGGCGUAGUCUAGUUAAUGUGCGUAACCACUAUCGAGCGGCUCCUCUACACGCUGCUUUUUAUCGUAAAAGGCUCGUUAUGUUACACCUGAUCAGGCCUCUUCUCAAGCAUGGAGCCGAUCCAAACGCCCAAAAUUCAUUUGGUAACACUGCCCUCCAUUUAGCCUCCAGGAAUGUGUAUAUGCACAAGAUUGUAAAAGAGCUACUGAAGUACGGCGCGGACAUAAACGCCCUCAACAUAUAUGACCAUACAGCUCUUUCGAACUGCGUCCCAUCGCUCAAUGUCAUAUUAAAGACUCACGCACUAAAGCUACGUGAAGUUGAUCUUCCGCUUGUCCAGGCCAACUGUACAGUUAUUGAAGAGAUAUGA